AUGGCAACGGGCGCGGGAAGCUUUCCCGCCGGCGGGAUGCUCGGCCGCCUGGUGCACGCGCGCACGUUGUCUCUGCUGUUGCUGCUGCUCGGCGUGCCCGCGGUGCGCGCGUCCUACCAUCCUCAGGGCGGCGGGGAGUGUCAAGGAAAAACGUGUGCAGGCGCGUUGGAGAAGAAGAGCGAACUGCUGGCGUGCGACCAGACCACGUGCCGAUUCGGAGGCGUGUGCAGAGACGACCAUUCGCAGCUCAAGUGUGUUUGUCAGUUCCAGUGCCACAAGAAGUACGUUCCGGUGUGCGGUUCCAAUGGGGACACGUACCAAAACGAGUGCUUCCGGCGCCAAGCGUCCUGCAAGCAGCAGCGGAUCAUCUCCAGGGUGGCCAACGGACCUUGUUCUGACGAUCCUGGCUCAGGUUCUGGAGAUACAGAUGAUGAUGAAGAAGAAGAAGGUUCUUCUUCCGAUGUGAUCAAGAACAGCAAGUGCAGCACUUGCAAAUACGGAGCCGAAUGUGACGAAGACGCGGAGGACACAUGGUGCAUCUGCAACAUCGACUGCAGCGGCCACAACGAGAAUGCCGUCUGCGCCACGGACGGCAACUCAUACAACAGUCCGUGUUUGGUCCGAGAGGCGUCCUGCAUGAAGCAGGAACAGAUUGACGUGGAACACCUUGGCAGAUGUCGAGCCGACAAAGACAAAGUGGCCAGGAAGGAUGACGGCAGCCCUUUCAAAGUAAACGUCCUCGAAACCAAAGGACCGGGGCACGGAGACGGAUUCUACGCCGGAAUGCCCGACAGCUGCGGCGACUCGCACUCUGGGUUCUGUCUUCACGGACGCUGUGAAAUCCACCGCAACAUGCCCAUCUGCAGGUGCGAUUCGGGCUACAAAGGCGUCCGCUGCAACGAGCUUCAGGACUUCAACGUGCUCUAUGUGGUCCCCAGUGGCCAGAAGCUGCAUUACAUCCUGAUCGCAUCGGUCAUCGGCGCCGUUCAGAUCGCCAUCAUCGUGGCCGUCGUCAUGUGCAUCACCAGGAAAUGUCCAAAGAACAACCGUGGCCGACGACAUAAACACAACCUGGGACAUUUUUCUGCAGACACUAACUCUCGGAUGGUAUAGCCUCCCUUUCCUCCUCCUCCUUCUCCCUUUUUUUUGUUGUUCUUAUUUAUUUUGGGGACAAAGCGCCUGGAUUGGGAUCUGGGACAAAUGUCGAAGAAGACGAGGAGCGUAGGCAGCCUUAUUUCUUCUUCCUUUACUCACCCCACCUUGAACAACUUUGAGGAAUGUUGGCGCAUCCUGCGCUCUGAUUUUCGAGCUUCGGAAACGUGGACGACCAAAUGAACGACUCUUGAUUACAACAAGUUCUUAUAAUGAUGAUCAUAUUAAGAUCGAUGAUGACUCAUUUCUGAUUCUCGUGAUGUCAUAGUAGUCGUCGUGUGGUUCUUCGUUGGAUUUCAGUUGGCAUGACAACCGCCGUAACCGUCUUUUCUGUGUUGCCCUUUCAGCAAGCGCACACGGCAGCUUUUAGUUCCGGCCAGUUUAAUUUAUGAUUAGAAUACGCAUUUACGUUCAGCUGGACUUUUAUUUUGAAGUGUCGGCCUGCUUCCUUUACCGUGAAGGCCGCAACAAAAAGUGUCUGCCUUUUUCAAAGUCAAUUUUUUCAUUUACUUUGAAAGCUGCUACAAGAAGGAAGUGUUAGGCUUUCUUAUUUAUUUUGGAGGUUGCUAAAGGAAGUGUCAACCUCUCUCUUUUAUUUUGAAGGCCACUAAAGGAAGUGUUAGUCUUUUUCCUUUAUGUUGAAGGCUGCGAUGGGAAGAAAGUAUCAGCCUUCCUUUGUUUCCAAGGCUGCUAAAGGAAGCGUCUGCUGCCUUUUCUUCGAAUGUUUCUACCAAGUGUUCUCAAACUUUUUGAGUCCAGGGACCCCUCAUAAUUUUUUGUUGUAUUUUGUUGAGAUUAAAAAAAUAGUCAAAUGACGCAAAUGUUCUUUUUCCAAAAACAAAGUCAAGGUUUGGCAAAAGAGAAAGUCGUAUUUUAACGGUUGAAUUAAAAAAAAUGUCCUAGCAUUAAACCUUUUAUUCUGGAAAAGACACCUUUACCCCCCGAUAAAAAUGGGAACACACACCAACCACCCCAGAUUCCUUUUCUAUUAUGCCAGGACAGCCAAUUAUUUUGCAGAUCUCCACAUUACAGCUGGCCAGUCAGCUAUAAUGUGGAGAUCUGGGUUUAGGAAUCCCAGUUUUAGAACCACUGGCACAGACGACUCCGAUUUUUUUUUUGGUACAGUAAUCCCUGUUUAUCCCGCAGAGGUUAUGUUCCAAGAAGGUCGCGUGAUAAGUGAAAUCUGUGAAGUAGUCACCUUUGAAUGAAACCAAAGAUUAAACCUUUUUUCAGGCCAGAGUAUUUAAAUGCAUAACAUAACGCGAUGUAAGAAUAAAUAAAAAUGCAGCCCCCUGGCCCCAAAAAAAGCCAGAACCAGCAAAGCAGUGGAAGAUGAACCGUGUUACAGCGAGGGAUUACUGUAGUGUAUGUUUUUAACACACCUUAAAAGUAUUUACUAAGUAUUUUUUUUUUUUCACUCGAGUUGUAGAAAUGGUAAAAUGUGUGAUGUCAAGAAAGCAAAGUGAAUGUGACUCCGAGGGCAAAAGGCAAACCUUAGCAGGCUAAUAUUCUGGCAUAGUUUGCUAAAGGUGGUGAAUGACAAACAUUUUGGAAGUAUUGCCCCCCCCCCAUUUCCGAAAAAAAAAAAAAAAGAAUCGUUUUGAAUCACACUGGACACGAUCGAAGCGGGAACAUCCAGCUGGCUGAAAUAAAAAUUCUUCUCCGCCUUUAUUUGAGUUAGCAUGUUUGAGCUAACAAGGCCAACUGGCCACAAGUGACGAAGCCUUCAUGUGUCUGAGCUAACCACUAGCUGACGACCAAAACAAGUAUUAACUCACUUUAUUUUGGUUAGCUUGGUCAAGUGUAUUAAUGAAGCUAACUGACCACACAAAGACACAAAAACAGACACACAAACAUAUCCACCAGUGUGUGUGCACAGACACACAAAGACAAAUGCAGAAACACGCGCAAACACAUGCAGACACUUUACCCUCAGGCCAAUAGCGCCUUUCGCUCGGCAAGCUAACAAUUUUUUUAAUUUCCCCUUUGUAUUUGACAACACAAAUGUUUUCAGGUUUCUUUUUGUUCCAUAGGGGUCAACGUGACAAUCACAAAACAUCUGUUGGUGUCAUAACAAAAGAUUUUAAUUUAUGGUUGAAAAAGAAACGAUUGUAGUCGUGAUGUUGUGUUGUGUUUAUUAGCAUAGCAACUAGCAGUGUAGUGGCGGUAAGGGGGCGGGGUCACAAAGGACGUAAUGAGUCGGAAAACUUGUCUUACGUUUGUCAUUUCAUUUUGAUGAUCAGCACCAGCACCCAACCCAGCGGCGGCCCCCUCCCUCCGUGAACGUUUGUUUGUCUUGUUGUGAUUGUUCAUCUUAACGUGGCUUCAAUGUGUUGAUGUGUUGACUUGCAUGUGAACUUUGAAUAAAAACAGUUUUUUUCCCCAACAAAA